AGCGGUCGUUACACCUCUCACAAACGAUCGUUAGAGGUCAUACGAGUGUCUUAGAGUGUAAUUAGAGAUUAUCUUGCCUUAGAAAGGCUCCUAGAAGUAUAACACUUCUCCCCUCCUUUACAAAAAGGCUAUAAUAUAUACUCAUCCCUUGUCUGUCUGUCAACUAGAGUUGCUAAUCGGUGUGCGACAUUUCCCGUAGUGACCCGGUUCUGUACCGUCAAAUCCCGCUGGUGACAGGUCGUGACAGGUGGCUGGGACGGGGGAUACUGUCCCUGGCUGUCGUUUAGGAGGUACUAGAAGCGUGUGUGACUGUGCCGUCCCUGGAUAGGAGCACCGGAAGAUAUGGAUCCCAUGUAUUACCACUGGUGGAACAGUCAUAACCAACACAACUCUGCUAACACCUGGUAUAUGGAUCCGCACAAGACGGGAGGCGGCAUGAAUCAACAACCGCCACCUGCACACAACAUGCCAGGUCCCCCACAACAUCCAGCUGCUCAGCACCCCCCGGCCAUGGGACAGACCAUGCCUCCACGACAAAUGCAAACAGGUUACCCCAUGCAGCCUAGACCGGCCCACACAGGAGCCCCGGGGUCAAUGGCGUCAAAACCUCCUCCUGGCACUCCGGGCCACAUGACGCCCAAGGCACAGAAUCAACCAGGAACUAUAAACCCGAAGCCCAUAGUUCCCACUACCACGAAUGUCCAACAGGUCCAGCCAAAAUUGCAGACUCCAGUACUUUCUGUAGCCCAACUUAAGCCAAAUUUACCAGUCAGCACAACGGCAAAUAUGGCACCGAUGCCAAAGCCUACUCCUGCUCUUGUUCCAGCUACAUCCAUACCUGCCAUUCUUAAGCCUACACCACCAUUAAUGCAGCAGCAGCAACACCCACAGCUGCAGCAACAACACCAACAGCAGCAGCAGCAGCAACAGCAGCAACAACACCAGCAACAACAGCCUCAGCAUCAGCAGCAGCAACAGGUGCAGCUGCAGCAGGUGCAGCAACAGCAGCAAGCACAACCACCUAAACCAGCUGUACUUGUCCAGCCACAGCAGCAGCAGCAGCCCCAACAGCAGCAGCAACCCCAGCAUCAGCUGCCACAGCAACAACAGCAAGCACAACAGCAGCAGCAGCAUCAACAGCCACCUAAGCCAGCUGUACCUCUUCAACAGCCACAGCAUCAACAGCCACCAAAGCUUGCUGUGCCAGUACAACACCAACAGCACCCACAGCCUCUAAAGCCUGCUGCGCCUCAAAACUCGGCAAUCCCACCAAAGUCACUCAUGCCAUCCGUCUCAAUAACGCCUAGCCUCCCUAAGCCCUCUCAACCCUCUCCAGCUGCAGUACCAUCUGGCAACCAACCUAAGCCUUUCCAAGCCCAGUCUACAUCGCCUACCAAACCAGUACCAGCAGCUGUGCCUAUCCCUGCUACGGUGACUCCCGUUACUACUAAACUUGGCCAGGCGUCUGGUCCACCCACAGGUCCACCACAAAGUCCGAAAUCCUUUGCUUCGAUCACGCCUGCACCCGUAGCCAGUCAGAGCUUACCACCAAGACCCACUAAUCCAAUGCCAGUACCUGUACAAAAGCCUCCCCAGCCUACUCAGCCGGCUAAACAGCCACCACCCGCAUCGAGUGCACCCGUAGCAGUCACCUCUCCCACCAAACCACCGCCCACCAACACACCAGCUGUAACACCCUCGCCUCAAACUAAACCAACGCUCUCGGAAAUAUUUCAACAGAAGACGGCCCCUAUAGAAAUUCCUCCACACAAAGCCGUGGAAACCACAAAGCCAUCUGUAGAUGCAACUGUAAAGACUCAAACUAUUCCAAGUGUCAAUGGAGUACCAGUUUCUAAGUCGCCUGUAAAGCCUGUUACUCCGCUGCUGCCAUCAAAGCCUGCUGAAGCUCCAUCCACUGAAACUAAGCCAUCUUUGCCUCCUACCGUGUCACUGCCAAAGCCAGCCACUCCCGUUAGCAAGCCUAAAGUAGACAUACCACUUUCUCAGCCCAAAAAAGAAAUUGUUAAACUGAGUCCAAGCGCGAAGGUGCCUAUUGAAAAUUCAACAACAGAUGCGAAGACUGUUAACCAUGCCGACCCAAAGACUGAGGAUUUACUCGAGACGCCGAAGAAAACACGAACAUCCAGACAAAAGCGUGAAAUAUUGGCCCCAGAGACGCCUGGUGAUGAACGGCGUAGUAAGCGGCCUCGUAAUCCUGCAAACCUGUAUCAGUCUCCUGGUUUGAAUUCCUUGAACAGAAUCCGAAAAACAGACUCUUCCACUCCCAAGACUCCUCAGGAUAAACUCAUUGUUUUCUUCAGAAAUGAACAUGUGGCCGUGAGAAAUUCGGAAGGAACGUUCUACUUGUGCCAAGUUGCCCAGAAUGUUUUUAAAAAUACACGCAAGAUUAAGAUCCGAUGGCUUUCUCCCGAGGAUUCCGACAACAAGAACUGCAACACGUACAAGCCUGAUUAUUAUGAUGUUACAGAUUUUGAUUGUAUUUUAACGACGGUCAAUUUGGAACGGAUAGACCGCAAAACGCUGCAGUUGAAACCCGAAGAAGAGACUCGAAUUAACAACAUUUUAAGUCGUGCAAUGGACCUUGAGAAGGGGGUGCUAAUUGAUAAGCCAGAUGUUGAUGCCAAUCACCCUGAUGGAUUGGAUCUUUCACUGUACACAAAUGAAGAUCAGCUUAAAAAGAGGAGGAAGAGAAACUCAUCAGGAAAGAGGAAGAAGAAAGAAGAGUCCUCGGGAGAGAGCGGUGUGGAAUCUGAAGAAGAAUCUGAUAAUAGUGAAGUCUCUUUAUCCUCAGGUGAAGAGAGCCCCAAGAAAAUUGCACGAACUCCCGCCAGACGUAACCCUAGAGCCGGCAGCAAGACUCCAGCCAAAGGCAAAACUUCCACACCAGCUCCAGCAAAAGCAAAAAUUUCUACUCCAGCUGCCGCGAAAGGCAAAGUUUCCAGCCCUGCUCCAGCAAAAGGCAAAACAGCCGUAGCCAAGGUGAAGAGUUCUCGCGUUUCUACUCCGAAGUCGGCACGCAAAGGUGCAGCACCCAAAGGCACACCGAAAGGAACACCCAAAAGCACACCCAAAGCCGCAGGCAAGACUUUAGUGGCGAAAACUUCACCGAAGAGCAUCCCAAAGGCCACACCCAAGGCUGUUGUUCCUCCAAAAACCACCCCAAAAUUGGGACGACGGACAACACGCAAAUAGCCCGAGGACAACGAUGGGGAGACCCAGGGCGUUGUCGAUAAACAUCCGAAACCACGGGGAAUGAGUGCACCAAAUGACCUGACCACAUGCAUAAGGCUAAUGCUGUUAGCAAAAUAGGUACUCGUCCAAUUAUUGAAUUAAGGAAGUAAUCGGGCUUUUUUUGAAUUGACAGAAUUCACAAAGCUGUAGCGGGCAAGCCUUAGUGCAUAUACUGAUAAUGGAGGCAGAAAAAGGCAUUUUGUAUAUGAGCCGUCUAACCUUGCCCUCCUCCUCCCCCCCCCUUUCACCCUCCCCUCCCCACCUCCUACCCUUAGCAUCAUUGUGUAAUUGUUAUUGUUUGUAAACAUAGUCUCGUUCCCUGGCCCCUCGUCCUCUGUCCUCUAUUCUCUCCCCUCCUCCACCCCACUUUUUUUUUUUUUUUUUUUUUUUAUAAGGAAGGUUGUUCAAUAUUGGAUGCAUGAUGAAUCGUUUCUUGUGUGAUUGUGCCUGUGCCAGUUUUAACGAGAUUGUAUGCACGAGUCUCCUGAGAUUGUAUGUGUGAGGCUCUUGGAUAAUUGUGCAAAUGUGAGUGUACAAAACUAUGAGGGUAAUUGUAACCAGUUUAAAUUAACUAGAGGAUAGGUUAUGUUCAGAGUACAUAUUAAUGUUUAAUCUAUUGUAUAUGUAUAAUAGUUCUCAAUGUACAACUCAAACUUUUUAUAUCAUUACAAGAAUGGCAUUUUAUUAUCAUUACAAGAGUGCCAGUCCUAGCCCCCCCCCCCUCUCCCCCAUUCCCUUCCCCUCACCCCCCCCUCUCCCCCAUUCCCUUCCCCUCACCCCCCCCCCCUCUCCCGCCCACUUUUUGUCUUGUCUCCUGAAGAAGUUGUGAGUUUGAGGAAGUCUCCUGAGGAAGUCCUCGGGUUUGAGAUGCCGAGAGUUGCGGACGGCCUUGCAUCGAGGCAAACCUCCAAUCUAGGGGAGCCUUUGGUCCUUAUUGACGUGUUUGCAGAGACUAAAAUAAACUGCUCAACGUAAAUUGAAUGUUCUGACCGCCUCCAUCCAUUGUGAGUGAAGCAUUAGGUAGUUUGUUAGACGUGAAGUAUGAAGCAGACGGAAGUUUUCUUUUUUUUUUAAGUGAGGCAUAUGUAUCAUAAGGUUUAUGCAGCUGUACCAGCAAGAAGCACUUCAUGAUUUUUUUGUCAAUUAGAUGAUUUACGGAGUUUGAGUUUGUAUAUUUUCUUACUGAAUAUAUAAACUGAUUGGUUUUGCAAUUAUUCUAUUAUUAUUCUUUGUUUAAAUUGAAAAAAAACUAACUUUCUUUGAAGUGGAAAUGCAAUAUUUUGCUACUGUUAAUGCACAAUUACUUCAUGCACUACAGUAUUGAGAAAUUGGUUUAAGGACACAUACCGAACAGUAGCAUAGUUAUGCCUCGGCCCUCUACUCGAAAUGAGGAAGACGUGAAGGAUCAAGACGACGCUCACGGACUCGUCUUGCGAGCAUUAUCUAAUUGCAUACUCAAGUGGUGUAGAGGGUGAGGCCAUGUAGGCUGUACAUAAGUAAUAAAUGACCUGUAACAUUGAUGUAAUGUCUUGAUUGUAGGUGUGUGACUUACCAAUGCUGUUUUAUGUUACAGACUAUUUUGGGCUAUCAUUCUUAGACUACCACUUGAGUGAUGACUGUAACAUUAAGAAGUCCAUCCUGCUAUUCCCCCAAUAGGUGAACGUGACGCAUGCCGUCACGUUCACCGUCGUGUUCACAUGUUAUCAUUGUGAAGAUAAUUUUUACGGUCCAGUGAGGUGCAUUUUCUGUUUGUGCAACUAAAUCUUUGAUCGUGAGGUGAUAGAUCAAUAGCAUUACAAAUCCUGCUUACAUUCAAGUUGUGUUUAAGAAUAUAGUUCUGUGAAGCAUAUCUGGGCUUUGGAGGGGGAUGUGCUGAGAGUGAGUGCUGUGUUGUGGGGAAAACCAAGCCCUAUUUUAUCUUAUAAGCCUGGUUUUUAGGCAUUGGUUGGGUGUGUACAAGGACAAGGACGGCAAUCAGUCCUCGUAAUGUGACUUGACCGGUGCUUGCCAGUGGACGGGGGGGGGGUAAUGUGGGAGGUAUGUUGAUCUUAGUUAAAAGAAACAAAAGUUAAAAAAAAUAUAUAUAUAAUGAGCAAUGUAACAUAUUUGACCUGAAUAGUUUAAAAAGUGUGCUGGGCCACAAUCACUGAUGAACUGCAACAUGUACGAGCUCAUUUGUGUUUUCCAUUGGUAUGUAAGCAUUGCCAACAGUAGAUGUAAAUGGAAACAACAUUUUUUGUUCUUUGAUACACUAUUUAAAAAAAAAAAUAGCAACAGUACUAUUUAGAGUGUUGCUUUUAUAACAUGUUCAGUCACUUUUAUACAAAUCUUGAGGACUUUAGGGUAUUUGUAAAGUUUCCGUGUACACCCCUUCUAGUGCAAACUUAAUAAGGACAUAGACUAUGCUGACUGCUAGUGGAGUAAGUACAAGCAUGAUGGUAUUUUUUUUUACUUCAUUUUAUAUAUUAUUUUAACGAGGAGUCGAGAUGAUGCUGAUGGCUCCGUUUUUAUUGGGAAUCUAAAGAGCAACAUUGCAAAUUUGGGCUAAAAAGAUACGAUUUUUUUUUUCCCCAGUCAACCUACCUGCUUGGACUUCCUCGAGGCAUGAGAGAACGCUCUGAAGAGCUCUUUAUUAGAAGAGUUUACCAGUUGCGUGCCGUGUGUGUGUGUGUACGUGCGUGCGUGUGUCGGGGCUGCAGUUAUGAGAGCCAUUUGCAGAAUAUCUUUAAUUUGUAAAAGUUUUACCAACACAACGGUAAUUUGUUUUGAACUAUUUCCAUACUUCUGGAACUUGCGGAGCAAUCUUUGCUUUUCACAGAAGUUCACGUGAAUGUAACAAUCAACCAGAAAAUUCCCUUAUUUGUAUACUUGAAUUCUUACAUCUUUUAAAUGGUUUUGUUCUAUAGGGAUUUCUUGCACUGUAAGCCAAGGGAUUUUUUUUCUGGAUGUAUUUAACAUUUUGGAAAACUUAUUUUAUAAAUUUUCUGUGAAUGUGUUUGUUAAACCUCUGCAAAAAAAAAAAAAGAAGAAAAAAGACAAAAAAAAUUGUGUAAAUUAUGCUUUUACAAUAGUUGCUAUUAAAGAUUAUUUUGAGGAAAACAAUAUAUUUUUUAAAUGGUAAAGAUCCUAUUUGAGAAAUUUUGAAUAUUAGGGAUUAUUGAUGAAUACUUUGUGUCUUGAAUGUUAUUUGCAAAGGAAAAUAAUAAAAAAAAAAACUGCCGAGCGUUUAGGUAGACUCGCAUUUGCAAUGAUGAGAUUGCAUCAAAUACAAAUUGUGUACAUAUUUAUGGCUUUGUAAUUCAGAAAGUGGAGCUGAAAAGUCCACGUGUAGAUUCAUUCAAGACACAAUAAUACUCCUGAAUAUCCUGAAGGGUCCACGACUGACUGACAGGGGCGUGUGUGUACAUGCUUUAGUAAAAUAGAUUUUACUAUAAUUUUAUUAAUAUUACCUUAUUUUUUACACUUAAAAAUCAUUUAUAUAUAUAAUGUAUAGUGUGUGUGUGUGUAAUAUAUAUAUAUAUUACACAUAGACUACCACUUCAGACUACUAUAUAUAUAUAUAUAGUAUAAAUGAUAUAUAUAUAUAUUUAAAAAACAAUGGGGAUUGUUGUGAAUGAUGCCAAUAACAGCAGCAGCGUUAAGUUUCUCAACCUUUUGCAACAGACAUUUCCACUGAGUAUUUUGCAUACAGUAAGUGGGUCACAUUGUAGCAAUGGGCCGUGGUUUUCUUAAGUAAAUAUCAUUGUAC